AGUCUGCCUGACUUAUUUUUGCAGAAUUAUCUGCAAAACAACUGCUAAAAGAAAAUGGCACACGGGCAGGAAUAAAACUAUUUUGUCAUUACCAUGACAGCACUUUGACCUGGAAAGCAGAUGCAAAGCUACUAAAAUUGGACAAGUGGUGCACGGAGGUUUGGUCCCCUCCGAGAAGAUGGAGGACACAAAUGAGGACAUGAAGGAGGACGGUGAAAUGGCUGCCGUACAGAGCAACGACACACCCAAAUGGACUAAUGGUCAGUGUGUGUUGGCAAUGCCCAGCUAUUCGCUCUUAAACCCCAGCUUUGACCUGGCUUCGUGCAGCGCCACGCUGGAGACCAACGGCUUCCAGAUUCCGGUGGCAGACAUGGAAGCGCCGCUGAGAACAGCCCUGGAUGUUCCUUCGGUCAGAAGAUACAUGAUUUUCAACUCCGCCUUGUUCCAUUUUAUGGUGGCGCCGUUUCUGUAUUUGGUAUUGUGGUGCUCGGUCUUCUCCACGCUGCGCCUCUACAUGAGCCUCGUCGACGACUGGAUCCUGUGUCUCUGCGUCAGUCUCAUCUCCAUCUUCCUCACCACCGCCAUCCUCUACGCUCUCAACCAGAGUAAGAAAGAGAUCAACGUGAACUUGGACGUGCGGCUCAUCCAGGUGAACGAGAGGAUGGUCAAGCACAAUCUGCUGGUGGCCGUGGCUGACUGGGUGCACAACUGCAGAGGAAGCAUGCAGUUGUACUUUGUGUAUUGGGACAUGGCCCGUUGUUUGACAACGUUGACUGAAACGUUAGAGGAACACGCUUCAGCGGACGUUGACUCCCGGAACAUAUUGAAGAAGAUGUCCUAUCUGGUCCUGGUGACCGAGGCGGGCGACCCUGAAGAAGUGGCUGACUCGGAUGUGGAGCAGGCUUCAGGAGAGCAGAGGCCUCUGCUGAGAAACGAGGACACGGGCUGCGGUUCCACUUCCCACCAGAGGAAGGGCGCCAGAGUCACUGCCAACUACAGCCUCGUACCCCAUGCAGCCUUACCUGCUCAGGCUAGAGCAUACCAGCUGCUGAUGACCUACAGCGCCGCCUAUGUGAAGCUGCUGGUGUCUGAGAGACUGUCCGUACCGCGGCACCAUCGCUUACGGCCGCGCAAGAACCACUGCUCCACCGCGUCGUUCUGCCUCUGCCAGUUCAUCCAAACCAAGAUCCUGGACUAACACAUCAGACUGCGAAAACAAAAACAAACAAAAAGAAAUGGCCAAGUGCGGCGUUUUGAACGACAUUUGGUGCAUUUCUAUGCAGUGUUUUCCCCCUGGCAGUCCCUGCCAAAACAUGCAGAGAGAAUCACCCUGAGGAAGUUGGCGCUCAGAGGGGCGGGCAGCGCCAGGCCAAGUUAAACAAUCUCAGAGACUAAACGGCCAUCUGUGAUCCCGAGCACACGAGGAUGACUCAGCUGCCAUCGUUGGUUCCUCCCUCCCAAACAUGGUCUGAUCUGUUCAUGGAUGCACACCUUUCACAUUUCAAUCCGUACACUACCAAUUACCGCUACAUGUGAAUUGACACCGGUUCCGAUUUUCAGUACUUUUGUGUGUGUUCAUGUGAUGAUAAUAAAUGUACAUUUCUUAAUAAUAAAA